GCAGCAGUUAUCAUCUUCAACACGUACUGUUUCAUUUAAAAGAUACAUAAUAUAUUGAGCCUGAAGAUACCUUUUAUGUAUUUAAUUUGUCCAUGUCUGCUUCAAAAAUAAAAAUUUAGCUGUCAACACGGAUACAAAAUAAGAGCUGACAUAUGCGGUCCUUUUUUCUUCUUUUUUUCUGGGUGGUUUCCCGGAGCCUGCUGCUAGUGCGUGUGAGUUCUUUGGUCUUCUCUACAACUUCCAAUGAGAAACACGCUCUUAUUGUCUUCCUCUUCCAAAAGAAGAUUAUAAGUAGGCCUCUUCAUGCAAGGUGGUGAUCCUCGUACUACAAUUGCAUUCUAUAAACAAUUUAAGUCCUUAAAAAUUCCCCAAAACAUUUUCUCUACUUUUCAGUUCUCCUUGAGAAUUGUCAAUCUUGUGUCCAUAACUCCUUGCGAGUCAGUUGGUCACAAUAGUCUUUCCAUCUCUCUGCCUUAGUUUUCAUCACAUUAUUUAGUUUUGCGGUUUUCAAUUGAGCUGAGCAGCAGCAUGUCGACCACCCUGCAUGCGAAACUUGGGUGCAUUGAAAUUGCGUUGCUUUUUGCUGUUCAAAAAAGCACUCUUACCAAACACCAAAGAAAAUGGCAUUCUGCUUUUGCAACCAUCUACUGCUCUAGAGCCUUCAACCUUUCUUCUCUAUCCAAACCCAAAUUCACAAACACCAAAAUACCUCGCUCUCCCUCUUAUGCCACUCUUACUGUCGAGCCAGAUAAUGAGUUUGAAAUUGAUCAAACCACCCUCACUGACCUUGUCAAGGAGAGAAGCCUCAACCAGCUCCGGGAGCUGGGAGGGGUUGAAGAAAUAGCAUCAGCUCUCAAAACUGAUGCAGAGCAUGGAAUCCAUGGCUAUGGUGAUGCUCAAGACAUUGCCAAAAGAGUUGAAGCCUUUGGCUCAAACACAUACAUGAAGCCACCAGCAAAAGGGUUCUUCCAUUUUGUUUGGGAAGCUUUUAAAGACCUCACAAUUAUCAUCCUCUCAGGCUGUGCUGCACUCUCUCUUGGUCUCGGGAUCAAAGUGCAUGGCCUUAAUGAAGGCUGGAUCGAUGGUGGAAGCAUAUUUAUCGCAAUCAUUCUGGUGAUUUCUGUGUCGGCUGUAAGUAAUUACAGGCAGAACAGGCAGUUUGAUAAGUUAUCAAAAGUCAGUGACAAUGUCCAAAUUGAAGCUGUGAGAGGCGGCAGGCGCCAACAGAUUUCGAUAUUCGAUAUUGUUGUAGGCGAUGUCAUUUGCUUGAAGAUUGGAGAUCAAGUUCCAGCUGACGGGUUGUUUCUUGAUGGCCAUUCAUUACAAGUAGAUGAAUCAAGCAUGACGGGGGAAAGUGACCAUGUGGAAAUAAAUCAACCCCAAAAUCCAUUCUUGUUCUCUGGCACCAAAGUGGCUGAUGGCUACGCUCGGAUGCUUGUAACUUCUGUGGGCAUGAACACAACUUGGGGUGAAAUGAUGAGCCAAAUCAGCCGUGACACGAAUGAACAGACGCCUUUACAAGCUCGCCUCAACAAGCUAACUUCAUCAAUUGGUAAAGUUGGUUUGGUUGUUGCUUUUCUAGUGCUCAUUGUCUUGUUAGUUAGAUACUUCACAGGAAAUACACAGGAUGAGAAUGGAAAUCAGGAGUAUAAUGGCAGCAAGACCAAAGUUGAUGACAUAUUAAACGCGGUCGUUGAGAUUGUAGCAGCUGCAGUUACAAUUGUUGUGGUGGCAAUUCCAGAAGGCUUGCCUUUAGCUGUGACUCUGACUCUUGCUUAUUCCAUGAAGAGAAUGAUGGUUGAUAAAGCAAUGGUGAGGAAGCUCUCUGCUUGUGAGACCAUGGGCUCUGCUACCGUCAUUUGUACUGACAAAACAGGCACUCUCACCAUGAAUGAAAUGAAGGUGACUAAGUUUUGGUUGGGUGAAGAACCCGUGGCAGAGGAAGCUUUUUCAUCCAUAUCUCCAUAUGUUCUUAAUUUGAUCCAAGAAGGGGUUGCUCUGAAUACAACUGGUAGCAUAUACAGGCCUAGUUCCGAUUCAGAAAUUGAAAUCUCAGGCAGUCCUACUGAGAAGGCUAUUCUUUCAUGGGCGGUACAUGGAUCGAAGAUGGAUAUGCAGAAAGUGGUGAAGAGUUGUAGCAUUCUGUACGUUGAGGCCUUCAAUUCACAGAAGAAACGAAGUGGGGUUUUGAUGAAGAGGAAGGCUGACAACAAUACAAUUCAAGCACAUUGGAAAGGAGCUGCUGAGAUGAUACUAGCAAUGUGCACAAGUUACUACAAUUCCUCUGGACUUGUUAUAAAUAUGGAUGACAAUGCAAAAAUGAGAUUUGAGCAGAUUAUUCAAGGUAUGGCAGCUAGCAGCCUCAGAUGCAUUGCAUUUGCACAUAAAGAAAUUCCAGCAGAGGAGCAAGCGGAUGAACGAGACCACAAAGCUUUGCUAAAAGAAGAUGGAUUGACUCUAUUAGGACUUGUUGGUCUUAAAGAUCCAUGCCGUCCUGGGGUGAAGGAAGCAGUUGGAGACUGUCAAUAUGCAGGGGUAAAUGUCAAAAUGAUCACAGGUGACAAUGUUUUCACUGCAAAAGCCAUAGCCACAGAAUGUGGGAUACUCAAGCCUAAUCAGGACAUGUUCAGUGGAGCAGUGGUAGAAGGUGUGCAAUUUCGCAACUACACGCCGGAAGAGAGAAUGUUGAAGGUGGACAAAAUCUGUGUAAUGGCAAGGUCCUCCCCAUUUGACAAGCUCCUAAUGGUGCAAUGCUUGAAACAGAAAGGCCAUGUGGUUGCAGUGACAGGUGACGGCACGAAUGAUGCACCUGCUUUGAAAGAAGCUGAUAUAGGACUUUCCAUGGGAAUUCAAGGCACAGAAGUUGCCAAAGAGAGCUCAGAUAUUGUGAUCAUGGAUGACAACUUUGCAUCAGUGGCCACAGUUUUGAAAUGGGGAAGAUGUGUUUACAAUAACAUCCAGAAGUUCAUCCAAUUCCAGCUCACUGUCAAUGUUGCAGCUCUUGUGAUCAACUUUGUAGCAGCAGUUUCAGCAGGUGAAGUCCCAUUAACAGCAGUUCAAUUGCUGUGGGUGAAUUUGAUCAUGGACACACUAGGUGCUCUGGCUCUUGCCACUGAGAAGCCCACAAAAGAACUCAUGGAGAAGAAACCAGUGGGAAGGACUGAGCCUCUCAUCACCAACAUCAUGUGGAGGAACCUCUUGCCUCAAGCACUGUACCAGAUUGCAAUCCUCCUGACCCUGCAAUUCAGAGGCAAAUCAAUCUUUGGUGUGGAUGACAAGGUAAAGGACACCUUGAUCUUCAACACUUUUGUGCUGUGCCAGGUGUUCAAUGAGUUCAAUGCAAGGAAGCUUGAGAAGAAGAAUGUGUUCAAGGGCAUUCACACCAACAAAUUGUUUCUGGGGAUCAUUGCAGUGACAAUUCUGCUUCAGGUGGUGAUGGUGGAAUUUCUCAAGAAGUUUGCAGAUACAGAGAGGUUGAAUUGGGGGCAAUGGGGUGCAUGUAUUGGAAUUGCAGCUGUUUCUUGGCCAAUUGGUUGGGUUGUCAAGUCUAUACCUGUACCAGAGAAACCCAUUUUCAGCUAUCUGAAGAUGAAAAAACAUAAGAAGAACUUCAGUUGAAGUAUUUUGAAGGAAUCCCCCCAGGCUGGAUGCAUCAGGCAUGGUUUGCAUUCUUUUAUUUGAUAAUUUAUUGGAUUCUUUUAUUAUUCUAAAGUAUUGUAAUUAAAACUUUGUUGCACAGCAUACAGUCGAUAAUGUAAGUAUUUGCAACAUUGUUUUUGUAUGUAAAUAGAUUCAGCAUAUAGUUGAUAAUGUAAGUUAAUCUUCAGAAUUCCCUAUUUUAAUACACAACUUUAAUAAAUUAUGCUCUUCUUUUUUGAGAGUAAGUGAUAAUCGUAUUCAGAACUUAGGCACCAAGACCAUCAGCCAUAAGGGCAUAAACUACCCAAAAAGGGUUGAUGCAAAUAUGGAAGCACAGUAACCACGCAUAGUUAUUCCAGAGAAAUACACAAGUAUAUCUCCACUAAUAGUGGCAUAAAGCCAAACAAAUUUCCACUUGAAAGCCACAAGCUUAAACAAAUCAGAUGUGGGCAACAGCGCCGAAAACUACCAAUAUCACUACAACUUUUAAACUCUCACAAGUAAAAAUACAAGUAGAGACUCAACUACAAACAAAACACCCAACUGACAAGAGAUUUGAUAUAAUUAUUACAACCCAAAAAAAGAGGCAAAACCAACCGGAGAUGACAGAAAGUAGAGUUGUUGUCGUCGCCACCACGAAAACAGGAAAACUACUGUCGAAUCCCAGGUUUAGGAAAAAACCGCAGCCACACAAAACCCACAAAUCUGCAAAAAGAAUCUAAAUAACAUCAAGAUAAAGCUGCAAAACAAAAGGACAACACAAGGUGAGAGGGAUUUAAGGAGAUCUGUGGCAACAAAAAAUAGAGGAGAGAGCACAACCAAACCCUCAAAGGAAGGCAAGAGAAAAGAGCGUGGAAGCGGAUGAGAGGAUAUAAGAAAGGAGAAGGAAGGAGAGGGGAGGAAAGGCAGUGAACUUCCCUCCCCCUCCCCUAGCAUAGAGGGGUGGCUAGGGUUUGAAAGCUAUGCCGAGGAGCCAAUAAGCUCAUAAAGCUAAGAGAGAAAGAGGGCCAAUAAGCCUAUAUAAGUUAGGAAGGAGGCCAAUUAGCCUACACCAAGUUAUGUAUCAUUCUCCUUCAAAUAUAAUAAAAUCACUUUGUUCAA